AUGGAGUCAAGAAGACUCGCAGAUGACGCCGCGUCAAACACGCGUUUGCCUUUCCCCUCCCUCAGACGCACAUCCGGCUCCCACAGUCGCACUUGCCCGUCCAUCUCCCCUGCUCCGCGCGGCGCUUGGCGAAGUCGUCCGUGCCACAGCCAUCCAUCCGCCCGCACCGACUGCGGGAGGCCAUCGUGCACGUUCGUCAACGCCUUCGGGGUCCGAGAUCUCAGCAUCCUACGAAACCGCGAUCCAGGUGCGAGUGCGACUUUGACCACUCUAGCUAGGGAUCUGUUCCAUGGAGGAGACUGUGAGGGAGAGAGCAAUGAAGGAAUGGAAGGGUUUUUGGUGAGCGCAGCAACCGGGGCACUGAAGGCUGUCACUUUGAAGCUGGCAACUUUGCUUGGUGAUGAGUUCAAGAACAUAAAAGACGUGCGCAAGGAGAUCAAGUCUCUCGCUGAUGAGCUUAAGUACAUGCACGCCUUCCUCGAGAAGAUGUCGGAGGAGGAGAAUCCAGACAACCAAGACAAGAUUUGGAUGGCAAAUGGGCCGGGAGGGAUAGAGCGAUCAAAAUCAAAGAUGGAAGGUUUUCUGGUGGGCGCAGCAACAGGGGCACUCAAGGCUGUCACUGUGAAGCUAGCAACUUUGCUUGGUGAUGAGUUCAAGAACAUGAAAGAUGUGCGAAAGGAGAUCAAGCCUCUCUUUGAUGAGCUUAACUACAUGCAUGCCUUCCUCGAGAAGAUGUCAGAGGAGGAGAAUCCUGAUAACCAAGACAAGAUAUGGAUGACAGAUGUGAGGGAGAUGUCAUACGACAUCGAGGAUAGUCUCGAUGACUUUAUGAUUUGUAUUGAUGAUGACAAAUCUGCUAAGAAGAAGAGCCUAAUGAAGAAGUGUACAAAGUUGCUGGAUAAGAUGAAGGCACAUAAACGGAUCUCCAAGGCGAUACAGGAAUUUAAGACACAGAUCAAGGAGGUGGGAGAUAGGAAUCACAGAUAUAGGACUGGUGUGACGACCACCAAGGAUUCACAUGAGAUGAUUGAUAUUCGGGCUCAGGCUAUCUUUAAGGAUGCGUCAGAGCUUGUGGCCAUUGAUGAACAAAAGAAUGAGUUGAUCAACUUGUUGAUAGAAGAUGGAUCUUUAUCUCAGCAUCAGGUGAAGGUGGUCGCCAUUGUUGGACUUGGUGGACUAGGGAAGACAACACUUGCGAAUCAAGUGUAUGAGUCACUUAAGGAUAAAUUUGACUGUAAGGCUUUUGUAACAGUAUCACGAACUCCUCACAUGUUGGAAGUGUUGAGAACUAUUCUCCUUGACAUUAGCGGGCAGGAGUACACCGGAGAUAUGCAGCAUCUUAUGAGAAAGAUAUCCGAUUUCCUUCAAGAUAAAAGGUAUGCUAGAAAACAGCUCCUCUGA